CCACUCCCACCUAGCUCAACCUCACGCUCAAGCUGCAUCUCUCUCUCUCUCUCUCUCUCUCUCUCUCUCUCUCCUCCAGCUCCGGCGACCAUCCUGCCCGCCGCCAUUCGCCGGAAGAGCCCACCAGCUGCACCGGCGUGGCAUCGUCCACUUGGCGAGAGUGGCGGAGCUAGAUCGGCUAUCGAUAUAUACAUAGGUGGUGGAUGCGUGCGUGCGAGGUGGUGAGGGUGAGAUGAGGUCUCCGGUGGGCCGCAGGGAGGUGGUGGUCUCCGGCGUCUUCACCGCGCUCCUCGUCCUCUCCAUCCUCUCCCUCCCGUCGCUCCUCCUCACCGGCCCGGCGUACAAGAGCUGGCCGUUCUUGGCGGCGGCGAGGGACGACUCCACCACCGGGAGCGGCGGCGGCGCGGGUUACUACCCGGUGUCGUUCGCGUACCUCAUCUCGGCGUCGACGGGCGACGCGGCGCGGGCGGCGCGGCUGCUGGCGGCGCUGUACCACCCGGCCAACUGCUACCUGCUCCACCUGGACCGGGAGGCGCCGGCGGAGGAGCACCGGCGGCUGGCGGAGCUGGUGUCCGGGCAGCCCGUGUACGCGCGCGCCGGGAACGUGUGGAUCGUGGGGCGCCCCAACCUCGUCACCUACCGCGGCCCGACGAUGCUGUCCACGACGCUGCACGCGGUGGCGAUGCUGCUCCGGCUCGGCCGCCGGUGGGACUGGUUCGUCAACCUCAGCGCCUCCGACUACCCGCUCGUCACCCAGGACGAUUUGAUGGAUGUGUUCUCCAGGUUGCCUAGGGAUCUCAACUUCAUACAGCAUACCAGCCACCUUGGCUGGAAGAUAAAGAAGAGGGCGCGGCCGGUGAUCCUCGACACGGCGCUGUACGAGGCCGACCGGUCGGAGCUCAUCCGUCCGGCGAACCUCACCACCAACCGGCGAAAUCUCCCCACCGCCUUCAAGCUCUUCACAGGUUCAGCGUGGACGAUGAUGUCGCGGCAGUUCGCCGAGUACUUCACCGUCGGCUACGACGACAACCUGCCGCGGACGCUGCUGCUCUACUACACCAACUUCGUCUCCUCGCCGGAGUUCUACUUCCAGACGCUGGCCUGCAACUCCCGGCGGUUCAGGAACACCACGGUGAACCACGACCUGCACUUCAUCCGGUGGGACAGCCCGCCCAAGCAGCACCCGCUCUACCUCGGCCCCAGGGACUACCGCCGGAUGCUGCUCAGCGCCGCGCCCUUCGCCAGGAAGUUCAGGGAGGACGACCCCGUCCUGGACAGGAUCGACCGGGACAUCCUCCGCCGCGACGGCGCCGCCCCGGGCCGGGCUUUCGCCUACGGCGGGUGGUGCUCCGAGGGGGGCGUCAGGCUGUGCUCCAACCCGCAGGAGGCCGGGAGGAAGGGCAUGAUAAAGGCCGGUGCAGGGUCCAGGAGGCUCAGGGCCAUGCUCAACAAGAUGAUGAAUGCGAGAAAUUUCAGGAGGCAGCAGUGUAGGUGAAACUAGAGGCAUUUUUAUAUACAGUCUAAUUCUGAUGAUCAGUGUGUGUGUUCAUGUAUAUAAUAGAGGAGAAAUCGAAUUACAGGAAGAAUUUGAGGCAGUUUUGGUUGUCUGGAGGGAGGUUAAAAGUAGAGUGACAGUGUAAUCUCACAGAAAUAAGAACAUGGGGGUCAUUAGUAAGGUUGUAAAAAAAUUGACAGGAUUAACGUUCAGCUUGUGCCUUGGUUGGUUCUUCUUCCAUAGGGCUAUUGCUGAGGUUGGCGCAUUUUUUACUGUGGGAAUGACAUGAUACUACUGUUGGAUUAAACCUGUAUGCUUGAAUUUCGGGAGCCAGUUUGUCUGCAUUUUGAAAGAGAAAA